AUGCCCACGUGCUGGGUGCCCCCCUUGCCCCCACGCUCCAGGGCAGGGCUUGUGGCAGGGCGGGGGGAGGAGGGGGAUGAGGACCAUUUUUUUGCCCCCUUGCUGGUGCACCCAGAGUGCAUUUUGGACAGCAAGGAGGAAAUCUGUAGAAGUCAGCUGGAUUUAGUGCCACUGUAUGUACAGGAGUGGUUGAUUGAUACCUUCACAACUAAGAAUGCCGCAUGCAGAAUGAAACCUGAGCAAAAACCCAAAACCCGAGUAAUCAGACUAUCAGUUGAAAGCAGCCAUCCUGUAGUAAGGCGGUUCCGUACAAGCACCAGUUCAACAGGCAUCGCAUUUUCACCAGAAGUGGUUGCGGCUUUUAAGGAGGUCGAUCAGUGGAGUUUCAGUGUGUUUAACUUAAAUGAAGCCAGCCAAGGGCACAGCUUGAAAAACAUGAUAUGUGAAAUGUUCAACAAAUACGACCUUAUAACCUGUUUUAAGAUCCCUCUUACCACCUUAAUUUCUUUUGCGGACGUGCUAGAAGGGGGCUACAGCAAAUACAAUGCCCCAUACCAUAAUGCAAUCCAUGCGGCAGAUGUUACCCAAACAGUGCACAGCAUCUUGCUCCAGACUGGUGCCAUGCACUGGUUCACUGACCUGGAGAUAUUAGCCAUCUUUUUCAGCACCUCGAUCCAUGAUUAUGGGCACACUGGGACCACAAAUAGCUUCCAUAUCCAAACAAGGUCUGAGGUUGCAUUGCUAUAUAAUGACAUGUCUGUUCUUGAAAACUAUCACGUGAGUGCCGUUUACCAGCUCCUACAAAAGCCAGAACUGAACAUCCUGGUCAAUUUAACCCAAGAGGAAUGGAGGCAAUUGCGUCAGCUGGUUAUUCAGAUGGUCUUAGCGACAGAUAUGGCAAGCCACUCCCAGGAUAUGAAAAGCGAUGUCCGUUGCCUGCAGCAGCAUGAGAAGACUCUGAAGUGA